AUUCAAAACAAAAACAUCCAAGAAAUAAUAUUUCAAAUUUAAAACAAAGAAAUGUUGUCAUUUAUUAAAAGAUUCCGAACGGAAUCAGAAGCAGAACGGUUUAAUGCUGUCCGUUCGGUUGUGGUCAAAGUUGACGAUGUUGUUCAUCCAUCACUCGCUGAAAUGGGCUAUGCCAAUGAAGAGGAACUUAAAUUCGCAAUUUACGAUAUGCUUAGAACAAUAAAAGAUCCAGAAAAGCCACAAACAUUAGAGGAACUAAAUGUCGUGUCUGAGGACAUGAUAACAGUGAAAAAGGUUGAGAAUGGACAAGUUCCAGUCGUGAGGAUAGAAUUUAACCCAACUGUGCCGCAUUGCUCAUUAGCAACACUUAUUGGACUUACAAUUCGGAUUAAGAUUCAACGACAAUUUCCACAGACAUUAAAGCUUGACAUUUACAUCAAAAAAGGAACUCACUCGACUGAAGAUGAAAUUAAUAAGCAAAUUAAUGAUCGGGAACGAGUUAGUGCUGCAUGUGAUAAUGAUAAUUUGAGGAAGCUGCUUGAAAGUUGUAUCAAAGAGGAUGACUAAUGAUGGCUUGAGGUGCUGGAUUGUUAAAAUUAUGGAACUGAGAUUUUUUAUAUUGUAAAUUUUCCACUAGAUUUUUUUGAGGGUUUUGAUGAAUUUUGGGAUAGGUUUGGUUUGGAAUUGUGAGUUGGACACUUGAUUUGUGUAAUUGAGGUUUUUGAGGUCCAAUGGCUCAAGAUGAAAGUCGUCAAAGUUGACUACUGAUUAGUCAAGAGCAAUUCAAACCCUUUUCAGAAUUCAUCAUAAUUCAAGCUAAGCAAAUACAUCACUUAAGUGACUAGUUAAAUGUUUUUCUAAUUCCAAUCAAUUUUGUUGUUAAUUAAAUUGCUCAAGCAAGGAUCAAAUUCUUAGAGUAGGCUACUAGGCUCCUAGAUUCCUAGACUAAAU